AAGCUUUCAGCUUCUCAUAUAUUGGCUGAGAUGAGUCCCGAAAAUUCCAAUCAAGAAAGAAUUGAGCGAUGUAUAGUUGAAAAAAACAAUGUAUCUCCCGCUUCAUGCUCUACAACGGCCAAGGAAAAUCAACAAGCAUCAGAAACGGAAGAAAGUUUAAAUAUGUUGAAUAAUUUUCAAAAAGCUUUCGGAAACGAGCAAAAUAAUGAGAUAGCUAUCAAUCCUCGUAGCGCUCAAAUUACGAAAGGUAAUUCGGCAGAAUUUGUAACGAGAGGAGUAAUGGAUAAAAAAACAUUGCUGAAGGUUCAGGAGAAAAGAGGCUUCAAUUACACUACAAAAAUAGACGACAGACUAUCUCAAGCGGGAAGAUCUCCUCUUCUGUUUCAAGAAAACAGAGCAUCUGGACUUUUCGGCUACGAUAACGUGACGAUGAAAGCUGCAGAAACGGUUAAGAAGCACAGAUACGCUUCAAAUAUAGAACACAUGCUUCAGAAACAAGAACUGGUCGAUAUUGCGGAGGAUUCAACAACAUGUGAUACGAGCAUGGAAAAGGUGACAUCGAAAACUAUCCAAACUGCUUCAAAAGAAUUAAUAGACUCUCAUAACUCGGUUACGACUGUGCAACUAAUGCAUGAAGGUGCUAAAAAAAAAUCAACAGCUUCCAGCAUAAAUGAAUUGAAUGAUGACUUGAUGGAGUUGACUUCAGCCAGAAAUGAGAUGCCAUCUCUUUUAGAUUAUAAAGACUCGCGUUCAAAGUGUAGGGACAUGUCAAUGAUAGAAUCAAUGACUGUUGAUUGCCAAGAAGAAAACAAAUCAGCAGGGUUUGUGUUCUCGCAGAGAGAAAAUGUUCCUCCUCAGUUUCAUGUACGAGCAGAACACGUAAAUCUUAAAGACAAUGAUAAUAACAUGAAAAGUUUAAGAAACAUGAGCACUUCAAAUUUCUCAUCAGAUUUCAACGAUAACAACUUAUCUUUUGACCAAGACAUCGACUGGGAUCGGAGCAUAAACUCAUCGCAAGAUGCCACGAAAAGGUUUGCAUCUGGACGAAAUUUAUGAAAGAAAACUUUGAUAGGAAUUCAAGCGGGAAUUUUAACAAGGAAAAUCGUAUAUUCAGUGAAGAGAGAGUAAGCUCAAAGAGCUCCGCAUUCCGGACUGAAAGAGUGGAAAGGUCGGUCAUUCUCAACGGUAACGCCUCCUCAACUUCCACGUUCACGAAAAAAUUAAGAAUUGGCCAAAGAACAGUUAGAAGAACAUCACGUUUCAUGAGAUUUGAUACGCAGGAUGAAUCGAGUGAAAAAGAGUCGUCGACUAGCUCGAAUACAGGUUUGGUGCUCCAAGCUCUGCCUCAACGGCGAGAAUCAUUCCUUUACAGACCCGACACUGAGUUUGAUUUAUCACCCUUGUCUCGCCAUUCAUCCAUUAGCAGCGAACAUUGUGAAGAUCUUAUAGUCACUCCAUUUGCUCAGAUAUUGGCCAGUUUGAAAAAUGUUCGGAAUAAUUAUGUCCAUCUUACUGAACUUGCUGAUAAGACCAGCAAACGUUCAUCAACCUCUGCCUCUUCUAACAAGCCCCUUUCUGAUGAAGAUUACACAAAGCUGGCUGGUGAAACUUUGGUUGAACUGGACUGGUGUUUGGAUCAGCUGGAGAAUAUUCAUACUCAUCGUUCUGUUGGUGACAUGGCAUCCAGCAAGUUCAAAAGAAUGCUCAACAAGGAACUCAGUAGUUUCUCUGAUUCUAAGUCUGGGAGUCAAAUAUCUGAAUAUAUUUGUUCAACUUUUCUUGAUAAACAACAAGAACUUGAUCUGCCAGCUCUAUGGGGAGAUGAGAUUCAACAAAAUGUUCAAAAACAAAUUGCAGCUCAGCAUAUGUCUCACAUUUCUGGUGUCAAAAAACCUCUUUGUCACACCAAUAGCUUAACCAAAUUGCCGAAAUAUGGUGUUGAUACACAAAAUGAAGCAGAACUAGAAAAGCUUUUAGAUGAAGUAAACAAUUGGGGACUAGAUGUAUUCAAAGUGGAUGAAUUUUCUGACCAUAGACCACUUACAGCUGUUUGUUAUCAAAUCUUUAGAGAAAGGGAUCUUUUGAAAACAUUCAAAAUUCCAUCAAAAACUGUCCUUAACUUCUUCAUGACAUUGGAAGAUCAUUACCUUCAAGUGCCGUACCAUAACAGAAUUCAUGCUUGUGAUGUAACUCAAUCAGUUCAUGUUUUGUUGUCUUCUCCAGCAUUAGAUUCUGUCUUCACAGAUUUGGAAAUAUUAGCUGCCCUUUUUGCUGCUGCUGUUCAUGAUGUUGAUCAUCCUGGUGUUACAAACCAGUAUUUAGUAAAUUCAAGUUCUGAAUUGGCAUUGAUGUAUAAUGAUGAAUCAGUUUUAGAAAACCACUCUUUAGCUGUUGGUUUUAAGCUCUUGCAAGAUGAAAAUUGUAACAUCUUUGAGAGUUUGACAAAGAAACAAAGACAGACUUUAAGGAAAAUGGCAAUUGAUAUGGUUCUUGCUACUGACAUGUCCAAACAUAUGUCACUUUUAGCGGAUCUGAAAACUAUGGUUGAAACAAAAAAGGUUGCUGGAUCUGGUGUUCUUCUUUUAGAUAACUACACUGAACGAAUACAAGUUCUGCAAAAUAUGAUCCACUGCGCUGAUCUAAGUAACCCAACGAAACCUUUGCAAAUAUAUCGUACAUGUGUGAAAUUGAUAAUGGAAGAAUUUUUCCAGCAAGGAGAUAAAGAAAGGGAAAUGGGAUUAGAUAUCAGUCCUAUGUGUGAUAGACACAAUGCAACUAUUGAAAAAUCACAGGUUGGCUUUAUUGAUUACAUCGUUCACCCCUUGUGGGAAACUUGGGCUGAUUUAGUGCAUCCUGAUGCUCAAGAAAUAUUAGACAAUUUAGAAGAGAAUCGUGAUUAUUUUCAAAGUAUGAUUCCAGUCAGUCCAGAUUCUAAAAGUACUGAUGAAAGCAAUGAACGAAAUGACCAGUCUUCUGAACUAGCUGCCGCUGCAGAGAAAAUAAAAUUCCAUAUUACAUCUGAAGAUGCCGAUGAAACUGAAGAUCAAAGCAACGAAGAAGAGCAAAGCUGAAGUAUUGUUCUGGCAGUUCUGUAAACUGCUGCACAAAUUAUUUUACAGAUCAGACACUUGUAGUGAGAUGCAAGCUUUGUAUGACAUGCUUUAUUUCCUUGCCAAAUGAAAAAAAAUCAAGUCAUGUCAUAGAACAGUUACAAUCAUAUGUACAAAGACGAGAAAAGGUUCAUUUGCAGCUUUACUUUACUAAGAAGGUCAUAGAAUUUUCUAAAGUACUUAAAAAUGCAUUUAAGUAUAUUAAUAAACGUAUAUUUUUAUGUAUUAAGAAAUUAUUCUACCAUUUUUCUAAUAGGUUAAAUGACCUUCUUGAAGCAGCUUAAAAAAUUAAAGAACUUCCAUUUUAAUGUGUCUUUUUAUUUUGAUAAAGAAAUAUCAAUAUAUAUUCUGAACGUUUGAAUAUAUUUUUGAUGUACUUUCUUAGUCUUUAAACAUCCAUUUUAAACAAACAGGAGCAUGAUUCAAAUUCGUCCCUUUUACUAAAAUCAAUGCAUUCCAAUAAAAUGUUUUAUUUUAUCAUUAUUGGUUGUGUAGAUAUAGCACCAUGUAAUGUCAAAAGGUCAUUAAAGUAUUUCAUAAAAUUCUUAUGCCAUAGGAAAAUGCUCAUUUUUCUAAAUUUUCUUUGCUGUUGACUUAACAAUAAUUUUUUAAUUGCUAAUUCUUAUAUAAGUGACCUUAUAAAAGUAUAUAUACAUAUGCACAUAUAUACAUAUAUUUACAUUUGAAAAUGCAAAAUCAUUUCUGGUUUCUGCAGAAAUUAAUGUUUGUAUUAGUGUAAAAUAUUUAUUUUUAUAAAGAGUUUGACCUGUGAAUUUUAGUUAUGGGUGCUCAUUGGAGUUGAAAUAUACGCUAUUUAGAUUUUCAUUAAUGUUUCAUGUAUUUUUUUUUCCUUCAAAAUAUACUUCUGGAAAACAAGUUUUUUUAUUCAAGCUAAGUUUUUUUUUAAUUAUUAUUGUUAUUAUUAUUAUUAUAUGCUUUGGUGAGCAUGAAGUAACUUAAGUAAUGCUUCCAAAUUAAUCUAUCUUGAAAUAGAUGUUUUUUUUUUUUUUCCUUUGUGCAAAACUAAGGGUUUGUUUUGACCCCCACAUUAUUAUUUUGGCCUGUAAUGAUGUAAUGCUGAUUCAUUGAAUCCAAAUGAAAUAUUAGUGUAAGCAUCUUAGUUCUGAACUUCAACUAUGAAUGAUAGUUCUGAACAAAUUAGUAAACAAUUAGUAUGGGCUUUCUUUUCUUUCUAUCUUUUUUUUUUUUUUUUUGCUAGAAAGUUUUUAGAGCUGAAGUCCAGUAUAGAAAAUUGUAGCUGUGUCUAUGUAAAACAGUUCAAUUUACUGAACUUUUUGCUAUUGCAUUUUCAUUGAUAAUGGACAACUUUCAUGGAGCAAUAAAAUAAAAUAUUUCUUACUUCAUUCCUAUUUAUAAAAUAUUAUAGCACUUGUUAUUUGUAUCAUAUGUAAAAUACCAAAAGAAACUGAAUGUUUCAUUCAUGAUGUAGAUGUUGCCAUUUAAAAUCAUGUGAUUAGAUACUUGAGACUAUGUAGCAUGAUCUGUUAUUGACUUAUAAACAUCGAAAUUAUAUUUGGCAUAAAGAAUGAGUGGUGAAUGGAGAGUUAUUGAAUUAUUAAUUAUAUUUUUAAUAAGAUUUUAUAUAUAUAUUCAUUUAAGCACUUUUAUAAUAUGAAGUAUGAUGAAAGGAUUAUUAUCAAAUUUCUUGCAAUAAAGUUUUUAAUUUUUAAUGAAAACUGUAACCACAUUCUGUUGUGCGGAAAAUUGCUUAUUUUUAUCAUUCAUGUUUUAAAGGUUAUUAAAAUGUUAUUACAGUUAUUUCCAUUUUAUCUAUUUAAGCAUGCAGAUUUUACUUCCCAGCCAUAAAUAAUGUUAUGUGCCAAUUAAUUGUUUCCUGUUCCCUCUUGUUCAAAAUUUUUGCAUAUUUUACUACUGACUUAGUCUAUUGCAGCAUUUUUCAAACAUUUAUUUUAAAUUUCUUCAAAAUGUGGAAUGAAUCUCAAUGUAGUUUUGGAAGUAAUCACCUUUUUCAGAGCUUUAAUAAAUAGUAGAUGUGUUUGUCUGUAGAAAACUGUUGAGUCAAGUAACAACAGAGUUGUUACUUGAAAGCUCUUGCUAUUUAAUUGCUGAGUAACUAUGACAUUCCUGUCUUUAAUACUAGCAAUGUGUAGCAAUGAUCUGUCCAUUGAUUCAGUUUUAUGACUGUUUUGUUUCUUGUUAAAAACUUCUUCGUCUACUUUUAUUAAUUAUUAGAAGAAACUGUUACUAGCAUUUACCAUUGUUCAUGUUUGUGGUGUAAAUAGAAAAUUUUAUCUUAUUGUGUUCCUUGGUCGUUUGAAAAUUUUAUUAUAUUGCGCAUGUGAUUUUGUGUGUAAGGAACUGAAGAUUUAUGUAUUGUUUAAACCAAAGAAAAGUCUUAUUUAGUAAUAUGUUAUCCUUGUUUUAAAAGUAUAUUUAAGAUUUUACCUUUAUUUAGGUCUGCUUAAAAUAGUUCUAGUCUACUACCUUUAAUAAACCACCCCUAUGUAAAUUGUGUUUACAUUCUUGCAACUUGAAUUACUUAUCUUCCUCUUAUAAAAUGUACUUCAGAGUAAUGAUCUCUGAAGUUUUAUCUCUAGUCAUAUAUUAGAUGUUUUCUUUCUCUAUUUCUUAAGCCUGCUCUCAUAAUUUAUUGAACUUAAGCUUUUCUUUUUUUAUUCAUGAGUUUAUUUUUAAAAAAAAAGUCCCCUUUAUUAAAAGGGGAUUUAAAGUACAAUUAUUAAAACUGAGAUAAAUAUAAAUGUUCAAAAAUUAUUUGUUUGCGAUAUGUUUUUGAUAGGGGGCAAUUUAAUUAGUUUAUCAAUAAUAUUUUAAUAGCUCUUGAUGCUCCUUUCGUGUUUAUGAAAAUUGUAUAAUUAUAUAAAUUCCUGUUUAAUAUUUUAAAAUUAUAACAAAGUUAGAGUAUGAAAAUUUGUGAUGCUUCAGACUUUCAUAUUUAGCAAAAUAGUUGUUGAAUUUUAAAAGUCUUGAAAGUUCUGAUAAUUUUUCAAUGCAAUUCUCCCUUUUUAUGCAAAAUGUGUUGAAUAUUUUGAAUCAGAACAUUUAUAAUACAGUGGCAGCUGACCCUAUUGAAACAGGACUCUAUAACAAAUUGUUUGAUAAACAAUUCCCUUUACAAAUUAAAUAAAAAUCGCAACCUGGACCCCUACUGCCCCCUUCCUCCCUCUUUUUUCCUGUAAAAAUAAAAGAAUAAUAUAUUUACUAUUAAUUUUAAACUAAUAAUAUGUUAUUUAUAUGUUCUAGUAAAAUUUUUAAAUGUUGGCUAGGCAUUAUCUGCAAAGUAAGUUUAUUUAUGAUGCCUGCUUUUAUUUUUCUUAUUAUAUAACUGUUAGAUUACAGCAACUCUCCAGAUUUUUUUAAAGAAUUGUAUGUAGGAUUUUAAACAUUGACCAGUCUGAUAUGUAACUGCCAGUGUCCAUAUGUUUUCUGAAAUAAAAGGAAAGA